AUGGGAAUUUGUACUAAUAAGCAAUAUGCUUAAACUAAUGAACCUCCGCAAAACCACAGACAGAAUCGAUUAUAUUUAAACUAUCAGCAAUUGGCAAAUAUCAACCAUCCUCUGAAUGUGAAUCACAAAUACAACAACUACUUCCAAAUCCUACCAGAUACCACGGUUGGGAAGGGAAUCAAGAUGACCAAUCAAUAUACAAGUCGUCUCAGCAGAGAGGAGUGGCUGGAGAAGAGGAAGGAAUUCUGGGGUAGGAUUUUAUAUGUUAUUUAAAGAAUCGAGGGUUGAGGGAGAGAAAGUCUAUUGGCAAUCAAUCCAAAAAGCAAUUGAAGAACAAGACGAAGGUAUUUCUCAUCUAUAUGUAGCCAAUGCAUAAGCUAUUCUCAAUGCAUGUGAUCUCAAACUGGUUAAUAAUUCCAUUUAGCUACUUUACGACAACUCAAUGCAUAAAUAUGAUGUCCCUGUCUUUAUGAUCAAUGAACCUCAAUCCUUCCCGUCCACCAAGUUUUGCGACGCUGGUUUGCUUCAAGAUUUUCAAGAAACGGAAUUAAAAGUAUAUAUUUCAUAAUCUAUCUCAAGAUCAAAGUGAGAUCCAACAAACUCCCCUAAGAUUUUGAGGUUGUUACUCACACCAAUCAAAGCAUAGCUGAACUGAAGACUAAAGUUUAAGAGUCUGCUCCCGGAUCUGAACAGUGUAGACUGUUUAUCAAGGGAAGAGAAAUGAGGAAUCAUCAUCUCAUUGGAAAUUAUUAACUUAAAGAUGGAGAAGUAUAUACCUUACUAUUCAUUUAACUAGAUGGUCCAGGCCUUUAUGUGA